AUGAUUGUCAUCACGGGAUUCGGCUUGAUGAUUGCCGGGAGCGUGCAGCUGAACGACAGGCUGGGCGAAAUCGGCGACUACACGAUAAAGGUUACCAACGCGACGACGACGGCGGUGUACAACGUGGCGUCGGCGAUCCAAGUCACCGCGGGCACGCGAAUCAACGAGCAGCUCCUGCAGCCGGAGCAGCGGCUGCAGAUCUUCGAGUUCUCCAAGAGGGUGACGUCAGCGGCGCUGGAGCUAAAUGACAAAAUAACGAACAGUGACUCGGAGCUGCGAGACUUCGGAAAGAAAAUGUCCACCACUGUGUUUGUCGUGGGGUGCAUCGCCUUUGCCUUUGUGGUUCUCACUGUCGUGGCCGCCAUACUCCAGUGGGCCACCUUCUCUCACGUCAUGUGCACGCUCGUGUGGAUCACGGCCUUCGUCACCUGGUGCAUCGUGGCCGUCUUCCUCACAGUAGUAACGGUCAGCGCAGACACAGAAUCAGCAGUGAAGGAAGUCACGCUGUACCCAUCCCUCAACACCGCAUUCAGCCGCUGGGUACCGUGCCUCAACGCCACCAAGCUGGGGGACGCGGCUAGGUUUGCCCGCUUUGCUGCGUAUGACGUCAUCACCUUCACCAACGGCAACAUUCAGGGCACAUACCCCAAGCUGUUCUCCCGGCUGAACGCGUCAGCAGGCAUCUGCUCGCCAUUCGGCCCGGGCCCUGACUAUCUGUACAACGACACUGCCUGCCCGCCCAACUCCAUCUCCUUCCGCCAGCUCAAAGAUCUACUCCCCGAGGUGACCUGUCCGGACUCAGGCUGUCCCAAAGGCAAGGACGGCAAGCCCCCGUUGGACAUGAUGCCGGCAGCAGUGGCGAGGGACGUGCGCCUGGCGUGGAUCUCCGUUGACCGCCUCGACAGCUCCGUGCCGCUCGUGGCGGCCCUCUACAACUGCUUGCACGUCUCUAGCGUUGCCAAGUACGUAGGUGGGGCAGCAACAGGGGUGCAGAGCGCAGCAGUGCUGCUGUGGACGGGAGCCAUGGUGCUGGCCGUGGGAGCAAUGGUGGUGGCCGUGGCAGCUCCACUCUACGUCUUCCGUGCCUUGCGCUGCCUGCCUGAUGGGGGCAAGGGCACCAACAGUAUGUACAAGCAACAAGAUGAUCCCACCUUCUCUACCGUCUCGGUGGGACCUCCAGUCCUAGCCUAUGCCGCAGGCGCGGCGGCGACCCAUCAUGCAUUACAGCAGUCCUCCCAACCAUAUCCCCAAAGCUCCUCCCAACCCUACCCCCAAAGCUCCUCCCAGCCCUACCCUCCCCCACACCCACCGUACUCAUUCGCCCAAUACACAGCUCCACCCACCUCCAACCCUCUCGCUCCUCCCGACCAAUCACACGCUCACACGCAAGCCCCAGAAAGCCAGCCUUUGGCUCGGGAUGCCUCCAUGCCUCGAGACGAAUCGUUGCCGUACGACCCGUCCUUCCCACGUGAUUCCUCACUUGUCAACGAUUCGUCCCAAUCGGCCCUCCUGCAACCGCAAAGCGAUGCGUCGGGGAGAAUAACUGCAUCUGCCCAACCGGGUAACACGGUGCAGGGAGGAGGGCGGAGUACCAUGGGGGGAACAGCGCCCGACCCCAUCUCGCUCGCAGUCAGCUCCGCGACGGGUCUCGCGGUGUUCGUCAGCCUCUUCACGUCUUACUUGAACCCCUGGGACGAGGACGACGACGCGCAGCAGCACUGGCAUUUCCCGCCGAAGGAAUCCGCGGAGGCGCGUCGCGUCCGCUGGGCGCGCCACAUCCGGCAGAGAUUAAAGACAAUCGUGCCGCCCGAGGAGCGCGUGCAGGGCAAGGCGCCGUGCACCGCGGAGCAGCUCAUUCGCGAGAUUCGCUCCGCGCGUAAGAGAAACCGGGGGUCCGAGUCUCGGCUAAUGGCAGAGGCGGCGGCGGCGGCGGCGGCGGAAGAGGGGGAGCGCGAGCUCGUGCGCCUGGCGCUGGUGCAGCUGCUGGUGGAGUCGGGCCCGCCCCCCGCGCUCUGCGCCAUUCCGGAGGCGGAAGACGACACGGGGGAAGCGGACGGCGCCCCAAGCGAACGGGGGGAUGAUGCGGAGGAAGCGGAUGAAUGGGCGGAAUGCAACAGCGGCGUGAGCUCCGCGCUGCUGCGUAAAAACAGAGGGUUGAGCGGAAAAUCGCGCGGUUGCGCGCAACGCGGACCCGCGGAGGAGUUUGUGGCUGCGGUGGCGGAGAUGGAAGGCGCGGACCCCGUGUUCGCGCUGGGCCCGCGGUACGCCACGCGGCGGGUUGUGCGGGAAGCGCUAGCGCUUCUGUCGGAAGGCUCCGCAUCUACGCACAACGACGGCUGA